AAUUUUUUCUUGGCAAGCUCAGCAUCAACAUACAGCUCUCUUGGCUCUGCUUUUAAUCUUUUAUUAGAUUUCAUUAGUUUUUAAUUUGUGAGUUUUUGGUUAGUCUUGGUAAUUAUUAUUAUUAUUAUUAUUAUUAUUAUUAUUAUUAUUAUUAUUAUUAUUAUUAUUAUUAUUAUUAUUAUUAUUAUUAUUAUCAUUAGAUAGGCCUUUUUGUUUUUUUAUCCUACUUUUAAAAUCUGCUCAGGGGAUUUUGAACAGUUUCUUUUCCACCAGACAUCAUCCUGGACUUAGAAGAAUGAGCGGUUCAGAGGGUCUCAGGGCUAACUCCUCUCACUUUACUCUGGAAGGACAGCCAUUUCGCAUCCAGGGGGGCUCUAUCCAUUACUUUCGUGUCCCCAGAGCCUAUUGGGAGGACCGCCUGCUGAAGAUGAGGGCCUGUGGCUUAAAUACCCUCACAACGUAAGUUCCCAGCUCAGCUCGACUUCAUUGUUCUUCAUUGUUUCCAGUUAAUAAUAAAUCAAAAAGCUUGCCAUCUCAUAAAGUUGUUCAUCUUAUGAAUUGUCAGGAUUUUUUUGUGCCACUAUUUCUUAAGCAUUAAAAAUAAUUGCCUUGUGGCUCUCUAGAUUUGUCCCAUGGAAUCUGCAUGAGCCUGAGAGAGGAUUAUUCAACUUCCAGGAUCAGUUGGACCUCAAGUUAGAUUUCUAUGUCCCUUUUCUUUCUUGAAAAUGUUUAACAAGUCUGUAAUACAAUCAGAGUGGUUUCUUGAACAAAUAAGGUUUUCUUCCAUUUCCAGGGCUUAUGUCACUUUGGCAGCAGAUCUGGGUCUGUGGGUGAUCCUGCGCCCUGGACCCUACAUCUGUGCUGAAUGGGAUUUGGGUGGGCUGCCCAGGUAACUCUAACUGCCAUGGGCUUUAUAUUAAGACCUUGUAGAAGCACCAUACAAAACCACCUAAACUGUAAACAUGUUCUCACAGCUGGUUAUUGCGAGACAAAGACAUGCAGCUGAGGACAACUUAUCCUGGAUUUGUAGAUGCUGUCAACCUGUACUUUGACAAGCUCAUCCCAGUUGUCAAACCCCUGAUGGUGAUCUUAUUUUUUACACCUCCAUCAAAAACUUUUUAACACUAUCAGUGAGGCAAGCAUUUAUUUUCUCUUAUUGUUUGACACAGUUUGAAAACGGAGGCCCAAUCAUUGCAGUUCAAGUUGAGAACGAGUAUGGAUCUUAUGCCAAAGAUGAUGAAUACAUGCCAUUUGUAAAGAAUGUGAGUGUUCAAUUGUUUCGCAAACGUUAGGUCUGACAGAAUCCUUUAAAAUUUAUUUUAAUAAAGUAAGUUAAGUGUGCCGUGCAAAAGUGAUUGUUUUUUCACUUGCUGCAGUGUCUUGAGUCUAGAGGAAUCAAGGAGCUCUUGCUGACUUCAGACAACUGGGAAGGCUUGAGAUAUGGAGGUACUGAGGGAGGUAAUGAAUAUAACUCUAUAGAAACUUAUCUAUUUACUGCGUUUGAAUGACACUGUUAAUUGUUUGGUUUUGUGCUUGAUUUGCUCUGGAUCUUACCCAUUUUAGUACUAAAGACAAUUAACCUUCAGAGACUGUCAUUUGGAGCCAUCCACCACUUGGCUGACAUGCAGGUAGGUAAAUGUAAUGUGGCUUUUGCUUUUUACUUAUGUCAGGAUCAAGGCUCUGUCAUAGGCUCGAUCUAUUGCGUUGAUGUAUUUUGUUAAAAAAUUGCCAAAAACCCAAUGUAGUGUCAAAAUGGUGGAUUUUUGAGUUUUGAAGUUUAUUCCAGUCUAGAUUUAAGAGUUCUCCCCCACAAAACCACAUAAAGUCCAUAUACAUCACAAACAAAAAUACAGUGAAAAUAUCAGAAUCGAUUGUAAAGGGACCAACAAAGGUUUUUAUUCCCACUAGACAGGAAUUUCUUCUGUGUUUUUGUGUAGCCUCAGAAACCCCUGAUGGUGAUGGAGUACUGGUCUGGGUGGUUUGAUGUCUGGGGAGAACAUCAUCGUGUCUUUCAUGCUGAGGGUAAGAAUUUUUGGCCACUUUGUAGUUGUUUGGUUCAAGUACUUUUAAAGGACAUAGUUUAACUUAAGAGGUUAAGUAUUGCUGCUGUACUCAACAGCUUCUAAUGUGGAUUUAGAGUUCACUUUGAGUAUUAUAUCAUCCCUUGUUGUGGUUUACAGACAUGGUAGCUGUUGUGUCAGAGAUCCUGGAGAGAGGUGUCUCCAUUAAUCUGUACAUGUUCCAUGGAGGAACCAGCUUUGGCUUCAUGAGUGGAGCAAUAGACUUAGGUACCUACAAACCUCAGGUCACCAGUUAUGGUGAGUAUAAAUAACCCCAGAACUUUGAAAGGAAACAAAGAUUUUUUGAAUCCUUUAUUAAGGCCUAACUUCAUAACCAUUAUUCUGAUGUUUUUCUUCCAGAUUAUGAUGCUCCUCUAUCUGAGGCAGGAGACUGCACCCCAAAAUAUCAUCUUUUAAGAAACCUAUUCAGCCAGUACCAUUGUAAAGACCACCUUAAAAUUAUAUUACAAAUUGCAUAAGAAACUGUAAAUAAUCAAGUCUGUUGUAGUUAACAUUAUUAUAUAUGUAUAUUUUUGUAUUCUUGUGUUGCAGCUGAGCGUCUUCCUGAAGUGCCCCCUCCCACUGAGAGGAGAGCAUACGACACAGUCCUCAUCCAGCAGCACCUCUCACUAUGGGACAGCCUGCUGUUUGCCGACAAGGUGAGCUACAGAUGACAAACACCUUCUGAAUAGAGUAAAAUCUGAGGAAUCUACACUAACUUGAUAUAAUGUCAGAUAAAUACAAAAGGGCCCCACAGAAUAAAGACAUAAUGUGUAACUUUGUUUGCUUGGAAAAAAAACAAAAACAUCUUUCGUCAAUCUCACCUUAUAGUUGGGCUAAGUCAUAUAUCAAAUUGUUAAAGCAUCUGCUUUUGAUUGGCUGUUUUAAUUUAAGUAAGUUUCUGUAUUUUAAAUUCUUAUUUGUGAGAAUCCAGCCAUGUUUACAUGAAUCCAAUCACGGAACUCAAAACUGUUAAUUUUGCAGAAAAGGAUGCACUCCUUGCAAAAUUGCAAUGUAAUCAAUUUCGUUCAACUGUCUUCAAAGGUCUGCAUUCUUGAAGUUUUGUGUAUGAAAUUAAGAUGUCAGUAAUGUCAGUAUAUAUGCUAUUCAUCCAGCCAUACAGGUCAGACAGGCCCGUGAACAUGGAGAAUCUCCCUGUCAACAACAACAAUGGUCAGUCAUAUGGUUACACACUGUAUGAAACCACCGUCGUCCAUGGAGAAACUCUUCACUCCGGGAACAACAUCAGAGAUAGAGCACUGGUGAGGAAAUAUAGGAUGAAACAAAGACAAACACAUGAUAGGACUACCAAAUCACUCAAUGUUGUGAAGUUACACAACAUUUUCUACUUAUCUUUCAUUGUGUUUGUCAUAUCCUUAAGGUAUUUGUAGACAGACAAUAUGUUGGAUGUUUGGACUACAGGACUCAUGAGCUGGUGCUUCCUGAAGGCAAGGUACUGAGUUUGUUUAAAGGCUAUUUUUACCGUUGUGUCUUACACACAUAUCAUCUCUAUAGCCCUUUCACUUCUUAUACUUAGAUUUAGCGACAGAGCUGCUUACCCCCAUGUCAUUAAUUCUAGAUGAUGUCUAAUUACCAGCAAAGUUAAAAUGUCAAAAAAGCCAAAAAUGAUCACAGGAAUAUUUCUAUUUCUAUUCCGUCAUUAUCAUUUCAUAAAUCGACUGAUAUCCCAAUGUUGCACUUAUUUGUGUCCAAGGGAGAAAGGACAUUGAGCUUACUUGUGGAGAACUGUGGCAGAGUGAAUUAUGGAAAAGCUCUGGAUGAACAACGCAAAGGUGUUUUACGUUUAUUGUUCUGUGCUAUGACAGAACCAUUUUUUCCCAAAUAACUCAUCUGAAUUUACAUUAUAUCCAAUUGUGAAUUAAAACCAUUAUAAACUAAUUGUUUCCAGGCCUGAAUUAAACCAUUAAACCAGAUUAUUUUCACAUUUUUUAAUACAUACUGUCCCAUUUUUCCUCUGCUUUGUGACAUACCCCACUAAAGCAAUAUCACACCUGAGAUAUUAACCUUACACAGUUUGUAUCUGGUUUGAUUUUUAGUACACAUUCACAUGACUAUUUCAGUAUGUCUGCACUGAUAUUUUUGCCUUAUACUGACAAACAGGUAUUGUGGGAGAUAUUCUGUUGAAUCAAACUACUCUGAAAGGAUUCAACAUCUUCUGUUUGGACAUGAAGCCAGGGUUUAUAAGGAGGUUGGUUAACUUUGUUUAUUUAUUAUAUUUGCAAAGAAUACCCGAUCAAUAGACUUUUUAAAGACGCAUGUAUAUUUAUGUGAAUUACAAGGGCUGAUUCAACUGGAAUACAGCUUAGAAACAGGGACUUAAUGAUGCACCAUGCAAAUAUGAACCCAUGUGAGUGAGUUGGGUGGAUCUCUGACUACUGGCCUUAUUUACAGUAAAAUAAAGCCAGGUUUAUUGCAUUGCAUGGCUGCACCUAAGAGAGGGUAUCAUUUAAAUGCAGUUAGGGCUUUCAUGAGCAAAUUAACAUGAUCAUUGAGGAAUUAUUGUAAAUUGAAUUUUGCAAAUUUGACAAUCACAGUUUUUUUUUUCUUUUUCUUCUUUGUUUUUUUUCUAUUUUAGACUGAUGAAUUCAAGUCAGUGGAAGUCUGACUUCAGGUCAUCCUCUACCCCAGGAUUUUUCCUGGCCAUACUGCAUGUUGAUGGACCUCCUAGAGACACCUUCAUCAGCCUUCCUGUAAGCAGGAAAGUCAUUGUAUAAUGAAAACUGCAUUUGUAAAAGUGCAGAAAUGUUCUAAUGCUGCUCUAUUAUACCUUUUAUGCUAGAUAUAAACCACACAAAUACAUGUUUAAUAUAACAUUGAUAUGAAUAGUUGACACCCUAUGCACAUUUUGGUUUUGCUGCUUAUGCCAGUUUGUCUUUUUGCAGGGCUGGGGUAAAGGAGCUGUGUUUGUCAAUGGACAGAACCUUGGGCGCUAUUGGUUCAUUGGUCCCCAACAUUAUCUUUAUCUCCCAGGGCCUUGGCUCAGAAGUGGGGAGAACCAGGUACAAACAUUGAUGUUCUACUACAAAGACAUUAGUUAUUUUUUUCCUUUAAAAUCAACCUUUAAUGUAUUUUUUCCUGACAAUUGUUGGUAAACUUUUUUUUUUCCAGGUUAUUGUUUUUGAGGAGCAAAAGGCAGACAUCAAAAUACUGUUUGCUGAAAACCCAGAACAUGGAAAGACAAUUGAUGUUUACAAACUCCCCUUUUGCUCUCUGCUCUGAAGAAUACAGCAACAUCUUGUGGGCAACAUCUGUAAAAUCAAGUAAACAUCUCAUUCAAACCAACAGCUAGAAUCAAUUAUUUUAAUGAUUGUUAUACUAAAUACAGUGUACUUUAUUGCUAUUCUAAAGAAGCAUAUAGAUCAUUUGUUUUAUAAUUUCCCAUCUUGCAGCUUUUGUUGUUGCCUUGUAUUGAGCAUAGCAAAGAACAAUUCAAUAAUGUCUCUUGUGCUUCAGUAUGAACUUUGCUCUAAUUGGGACGUUUGCAACCUUGAAAACACGAUACGCCUAUUCGGGCUCCUCAUUGGGCCAGAGGCAUGUCCUUCUCGUUGGAGCUUACGUUUCAUCACGUUAGACACACGUCAGACUUCACAGAUCAAGUGACCAGAAACAGGGACGGGAAACCGGAAUAGGGUUCGUUUUUCUUUCAAAUUAAAAGAUAAAUGUUGUAGACCGGUAGGCAAUGGGAAGAAGCUUAUGUUGUCGCCGGUUGAUAUUUAUGUAUGGUGGCCGAGAAUCGCCACUGCUGCAAAUAGAAAAGGAAUGCAAAAAAAAAAAAAAAAAAAAAGGCCCAAACAGAAGUUACUGAUGAAAAAAAAAAGAAAUUGAAGCCCGCUGCAAAAAGAAAAAGAAACGGUGUAGAUUUAAAGAAAAAAAGAGCCACAAAAAAAAAAAAAAAAAAAAAAAAUGCAAAAGGAUGCAAAUAAUAAAAAGCCACAACGGAAGUGAGCUGCUGGGGACCAAUAAUGAUGAUGAACCAGUGUUUUAUGAUCUAAGCACAGAAGGUAACGUCGAGAAGACGAGCAAAGAAGUUAUUGGAAAGCUAGCUCACUUCCAUUGUGGCUUUUUAAAAAAAAUAUUUUAUUUAUUUUUUGCAUCAUUUUACUUUCACUGUAAGCCUCUUCUUCUUCUUCUUCUUCUUCUUCUUCUUCUUCUUCUUCUUCUUCUUUUUAAUAUCAUCACCACUUUUUUUUUUUUUUUGCGUCAUUAACUUCUGUUGUGGCUUUUUUUUUUUUUGCAUUCUUUUUAUUUGCAGCUAUGGCAGUUCUCGGCCACCAUAUUUAUAUUAUGGUAAUUCCACCAAUGAAUAUGUAUAUGCAUAUAAUUGUGGCUUGAUGCAAUAAAUAAAAUGGUUUCACAUGUGG